AUGGAGGAAAAAUCGUACGGAACUUGGAGCAAAGAAGACCUAAUAAGACGACUUGAAAUACUAGAAGAUAAUGUUUCCAAACAUAAUAAAAAAACAAACGAUAAGAUUGAAAAUACUGAAUCAAUAACUCAAAACAAAAAUAAAAAAUUUAAUGAGAAGAAGAAAUUUGACUUUUCGAAAUAUAAUACAAGAUUUAUUGCAUUAAAAUUUGCUUAUCUAGGCUGGAAUUAUAAUGGUUUAGCCAUUCAAAAGGAGCCAACUGCAUUGCCUACCGUAGAAGGUGUAAUAGUAGAUGCUAUGAACAAAUGUAAACUAAUUCCAUCAAUAAACCCCAGUGACUUUAAAUUCAGUAGAUGUGGAAGAACUGAUAAGGGUGUUAGUGCAAUGAAUCAAGUCAUCUCAUUAAACGUAAGAUCAAAUUUAACACCAGAGCAACAAAUGAAUUCCGAAUUCGAUUCAAAAGAAAUACAAUACAUUAACAUUCUAAACCAAUUGUUACCUGAUGAUAUCAGAAUAUCUGCAGUUUGUUUACGCCCACCAACUGGUUUUGAUGCAAGAUUUAGUUGCCAAUACCGUCAUUAUAAAUAUCUGUUUAAGAAAGAUGGAUUAAAUAUAUCAGCUAUGGAAACUGCUGCUUCCUACUUUAAAGGUGAACAUGAUUUUAGAAAUUUUUGUAAAUUAGAUGGUUCAAAACAGAUUACUAAUUUUAAAAGAACAAUGAUGAGUUCACAAAUAUUACAGGUCAAUGAAGAAUUUUAUUGUUUUGAUUUAAUAGGUUCUGCAUUCUUAUGGCACCAAGUCCGUUGCAUGACCGCUAUUUUAUUUUUAGUUGGUCAAAAUCUAGAAGUACCGGAGAUUGUCUCACAGUUAGUAGAUGUUGCCAGUAACCCUCAAAAGCCAAUAUAUGAUAUGGCAAGUGAUAUACCUUUAAUCCUUUAUGAUUGCAAGUUUCCAGAAAUGGAUUGGAUCAUGAAUAAUGUUAAUGACUAUAACUCUAUCAAGUAUAGUAAAAUCGUUGAAGGGUUAACAUUAGGUUAUCAACUGAAAUCAACUGUUGCUACUAUAUUUCAAGAUAUACUCCCAAGUGCGGAUCAGGAUUUCCAAAAUAAAACAAGGAUUAAUCUAGGAGAUGGUAAAGGCAAGAUAGUAGGUACCUAUGAGAAACUGUUUAAAAGAAAGGUCAUGGAAUCCUACGAGAUAGUGAAUAAAAAGUAUAAGCAGAGAAAAAAAAUUCCAAAAAAUAAAUUAGGAUUGUGCAAUCAUCUAUAA